AAGUUGAUUAAAAGAUACAACCAGACUGGUCUACUUUUUUUCUUCAGUUUUUUAUCAAGAAAGUAAGACCAAUGUUAUAAAUAAGCUCUCCUGCACACCUUUGAAAUAUCUCCCCCAGCCUUUCCUUUGAAGGAAGAAAACCUGUACACUUCCCCAAAGCUGAAUUAUCUACUUCAGAGUGUGCAGCUGCAGUGAUUGCAAAUCCAGUACUAAUGAAUCUGUUAUUUUGCAGUCCUUUCUCCAAUUUGGUUGUAAGAGUCAGAUUUUCAGUUCCAACUGUGUUGUUUCGUGUUAAUGACUAUACCACCUAAAGACCUAGGGACAUUGGCCAUUUAAAAAAUAGCCCUGUUUAGAGUUGUUUUAGUGCAUAAAUGCAUAUUAUAAACAUUUAAAUAAUUGUGAUUUUUUUUCCCUCUAUCUUUUCCCCUUCUCGACAUUGUACUAAAUUAAAGGUACAGCUGUUACAUGCCUUCCCUAUCCUUGAUGGAUGAAGGUAUUUUAGAAUAGUUCUUGCAGGCAUACCUGUGGUGGUUCUGCUGAAUUUCAGUGUGGCAGGAGACACGUGAGCUGCUGUCCAAAAUCCACUGUUUCUUAGUAUGGAUCUCUGCUCCCAGCAGGAUUUUGUUUUAGUGUGAGCCCUGCCCUGAGGCUGUGGCAGUCAUGCUUCAGGAGGAGACCUUUGGGAAGCACUUGGAUCAGAGUUUGUGCAUGUCUGGUAGCUGAAUAAAGUGAGACCAAAGGUACAGAAAAGCUUAGGCAGAGGUUUUGACUUUCCCACAGGCAAAUCCAGCACAAGAUUGAGAGAGCAGUUCAUGAAGAAAGAUCUGCACCUCCUCUGUCUUGUCUGACACUUCAAAUUAAAGUCUGGGUGAAGACUUUAUUUGGGCCUUCAGAAAUCUGGAGCUUGAGUUCUUACAUUGAUGACUGCAGACUUGUUCUUAAACCCAGCUGCUAUUCAAGCACAUGCAGCGAGAACACGCAAAGAACAAUCUGUGACACAUGAAAUUACCAGGUUCAAAAUUAUCCUUACCAACAGAACAAAAAAAGACCAAUUGUUUUGAGAUCAGAGAAGAGUAAUAAUGUUCUCUGACUGAUGCAAAGUUCACUGCCUUGUGAGAAGUAAAACAACUCCAAAAGUAUAACAAGUCCUUGCAAAUGUACUUUAGAAUUACAGUGCUUAUAUUCCACAAAGCUGAUGCUGAGCAGUAGGAGAAACUAUUUUGCUUGGAACAAGGUAGAGUCAUCUGCAGUGGAGUGCAAAUGGGAUCAAACUAGGAGAAGGUGAAAUUAGGCUGCGCGUCAGGCAAGCUGAACUAAAAGAGAUAUUUGACUGGGAAAGAGCUUCCCAAGGGAAAUAAUAAAAGCCACAUUAUUUGGGACACCUAAAAUUAGACUUCAGAAAGCACUCGGAAAAAAAAUGUACAACCUUGCUUUGGUAGGGAAAUGGACUAGAAAAGGCAAGGUUUGGGAUUUUCUUCUCUUUUUAUUUUGCAAUAAAUUCUACAAUUGUUGGGCUUGAUUCUGUUCUGCAAUAUUUAAGUCAAGGUAAGAUUUACAUUGCUUCUUGCCUUAGGAAACUGCGGUUAAACAUAUAGGUUUCUCCCCUCCACCUUGGAAGCCUUUUGAACUGUAUCUUUUUAUUUCUGUCCCUCAGGGAUAGUUCAGACCCCUCUCUUUCAAUUAUAGGUAUGCAUAUUUAGAGAGUGGAGAAAGGGCACAUGUGCCUUAAGGAUCCUUUGUAGCUUUUCCCUCUUGCCUGGCUCUUACCAGACACUGGAACUGAUCAAUAUGAUACUCCUUUUUUUUUGGUUUUAAUUCAGAAUUUAUUUUGAUUGUUAUGGGAAGAGCCAUAAACUCAGCAUGUUCUGAAGCUAUUGUAUGUAAUGACCAUAGGGUUUAUAUAUAUAUAUAUAUAUAUGUAUGUAUGUAUGUAUCCAUGUUUGUCUGUGUAUAUAUAUAAUAUAGUGAGGGGAGAGGCAAAUGAAAUACAGCCUUUAACCAAGGAACAGAGGCCUCCAAGUAAUGUGGUUUGAUAUAUUGAAAGUGUUCCAGCCUUCUCCAUAAUUUUCUUUCAAUACAGUCCAUGUGAUAUUGCUGCAGUAAUAGAAAAGAGGUAAUCAUAGCCAAUCCUACAUAUUAAAAAGUGUUGAUUGUGCAGUUAUGACUAAAUGUUAAGAGCCAAAUGUUUUUUAUUGUAAGUUAACUUGAAGAUUCCUGUCUUUAUCAGCAUAUACUGCCUACUUGUGGGAUGGCAGUGCUCCUUUUAAAGCACACUUGAACAAAUAGAGCCUCUGUGUGGAAAAUGGUUCUUCAUUGUGUAGGCAUUACCCUGUAAUAGUUCUGGUAUAAAAACCAUGAGUUUUAAUGUGUACAUAAAAGCAUGCCAAGGUCAGGACAUCGAGCCUCCGAAUUUGUGGUAAGAGGCUAAAGAAGGCAUGUCAGCAGGAUUUUCUGAAAGAUGGUCCAUUUGUAGAGGGUUUGAGACAACAUGGGAGGAAAGCUAUGUCUCUCCAGUAUUUCAUUUGAGGGCUGUCUGUUAUAGCCCCACAGAAUGCAUUUUUCCCUGAUGCCACUGGACAGGAGUAUAAGGGAGUGGGAUUUAUGGUGAACCCUUCCACUGCACUGAAUUUUGGGUUGUAGUUUCUACACAGUUUCUAGUCCUUGAAUUUAGGCUGCAUCAUUUGGAGGAACGAGUGCUGGGGCAGGGACUGGCAGAGAGGCAGCUAGAAAAGUCAUCUGAUGGCAUUUCAGAUUGUGACUUUUAAAUAGCAGGAGCUGAUUCCCAUUUCCUUUCUCCCACUGCUGCUUGCCUCCAGUGUGCUCUACCUCCUGCUGCCAUUCAUGUGGUCUGCCACAGGAGCGUGGGUUGUAUUUUUUUUUCCUAAUUUGACUAAGAGCAUAUUUCCCAUUCUAAAUCCUUAAUGAAGACAAAAGGCCUGUAUUGCAGGGUAGGAAGACACUAACCCGAAACAUAUUAUUAGCUGGGAAGACUCAUUCUCCUUAUGUCCAUGUUUUUGAAUGGCUUAAUUGAGGAAAAGAGAUGUCUUCUGAUGAUGGGUUUUUGAAUAGGGCAACAAUGAGGGUGGAAUGGUGGAGAUGCUGUGAUGCCAGCUUUCUUGGAAAGCUUCAUUAAGAGAUUAUUAAAGUGAUUGUAACCGAUUCUGUUGCAGAUCAGGGUGCUUUGAUCAGCCAGCCCUUUGCAUAGCAAUCUCUCAAGGGAGAAAGUGAAUGUUUCAGAGGCUCUGCAUGUUUAAUUUUUGAGUGAUCUCUAAAUAAGUAUUUUACAAGAUAGAAAAGGCGAAAGAUACUCAGCCAUUAUUGGGAUAUUGUUUAUGUACUCUAAGUAGGAAGUGAACAAGUCUGCAUGUACGUUUUAAUUUCACUGCCUCUUCCAAUCUAUCCCUCUGGCAAAACAGGCAGAUAUUUCACUCAAGACUGUAAUUUGCCUCAUUUCUAUGUUAUCUUUUCUCCUGAACUUUUCCAGAUUUAACUGUCAGGCCUCCUCCCUACACAGAUGAUUCUGGAAAAGCAUGGAGUGCCUGUUUUUAAAAAUGAAGGGAGAAGGAAGGGGAAUAGCUUCUGAGAAUUGUGGUCUUUUUAACGUAACAUCAAUUUCUAGUAAAACAUUAAAAUUGAAAAAUGUCCCUUUCAGCAGUCAGUGAAACAAUUUAUGACCUAGAGAGAUGUAUAAAGAGUAAAUGUGAGAAACCAAUGUAAUUUCUUGUUAUGAUAAAACCUUGCAGAAAGAAAAGACAAAGCAUAUAACAUAUUUUGUGUUAUUGUAGGGAUUUUGACACUGUUUCAUAUGACAUUGUGAAGAGUCUCAGAAAAUAAUUGUGACAUGAUGGAUGUAGAACAAGAUGUAAAACUAGAUGUGUUCGGAGCAUUUUUCCAAGUAUCACUAUCAAAAGAAGAUUUCAAGCAUGGCUUGCAUAGGCCUGUCUUUGGCACUGCCUAGUAAUUUAUUUUUCAACUUUACUAAUGAAAUACAGGGGUUUCUUGUUAAUUUUAAUGAUGACUGAGUCAUGCUGAGGGCAUGGUUAGGUAUGAAAAUCAGUGAGUCGUGCACUGUCAUUCUACAAGAGAUUUUUUUAAAAAAGAAAAGCAUAUAGCUUUUGUUGGAAGAUACAUGCCUUUUGUAAAUGUAUUACUAAAGAACUGGGAAAAUUAACAUUUCAAAAUGGCAGGAAAAACACUUGACUUGAACACUUGAGAUGUCUGAUCUUUGAUAUGAUAUCGUUUGGUAAUAGAAGCAUUAAUUUGUAGAAUUAUUUCUUUUAUUUAUUAUUAAAUCAUUAGGGACUUAAAAAGUCCCUUACUCUCUCCUUAGAGCAGGAAACCUCUGGCUUAAAGUCAACUGAGUUUUUGUCCCAGCAGGAGUGUCUACAUGUGGUCGACUGUGAUUUGUUCUCUGCAGAAUUGCAUUUCAGGGCUAUGGGCUAGGUUAAGGCAAGAUGUAAUAGUUGGACAGUCUAGCAUCUAUGCAUUUGGUACUCAUGGCACUGGUCCAGAUCUGUGAGCUUGCUCUUUAGAUGUAUGUUGUCAUCAUAACUGUAAUGAGGCUGCUCGAACUGUACUUUUGGAAGCAGUGCAGUAUAAAAGUCUUCAGUCUGCUGAGAGCUAGAUAUUUUGGCCGAUCUUCAGCUUGCAGUGUAUAAACACAUUCCUCUCUGUUUUUUCUUUUUAUUCUUCCACUUUUCCUUUUCCUCCCUUCCUUCUCCUCAAGGACAUAGACUGGCAAUAUUUUUCACAACUGCGUGAAGCUAGAAAUCCGAGCGGAUGCCCGUGCCACCACCGCCGCCACCACCUCCUCCUCCACCACCUCCACCACCUUCUGGAGGGCCUCCUCCACCACCACCUUCUGGAGGGCCCCCUCCACCACCACCACCACCACUGGCAAGCUCAGAGAUACCAAAAUUGCGAAAGGAAGACCAGAAAGCACGAAACGCACUCUUGGCCGAUAUCCAGCAGGGAACUCGCCUGAGGAAAGUGACCCAAAUCAACGACCGAAGUGCACCACAGAUUGAAAAACCCAAAGGAGCUAACAGAGAUGGAGGUAACCCAGCUCUUAAUAAAGGUGGCUCUCAGCAGCCUCUGGGAGGUUUAUUUGCUGGUGGCUUUCCUGUUCUCAGACCAGCAGGCCAGAGGGACAUGACAGCAGGGAAGCCCGGGCAGCUCUCCGGAGGCCGAGCAGCGUCCCCCAGACCCUCGGCACCGCCGAGCAGCGGCGCUGCCAAGGCGAACAACAGCCCCUCGCAGCCGGCCGAGGCUCCAAGGGCAGCUGUCCCACCGGAGCCUCCCGGCACCUCCCGAGCCGCCGCGGGAGCGGCUCCCGGGCGGCCCAGCCUGCCCGCCCCGCCUCCACCGCCCCCCGCUUCCAGCAAGCCUUCCCUCACCUUCCCUCCCCCUCCCCCUGUGCCCCCUCCGGCCGAUCGCCCCGCCAAGGGCGUGAGCCCCGGCGCUGCUCCCCCGGCCCCGCUCCCUCCCCCUCAGGCUGACAAGCCCGCCAAGCCUCCAGCAGCCGCUCCGCACCCGCCCCCUCCUCCUCCGCCUCCGCCUCCUCCCCCGCUGCCCCCCGUGCCCCCCUGCGGGCUGCCGGGCAGGGCCGCCGAGGCCCCUGCGGCCGCUCCGGCCGAAGGAAGGGACUGUCCCCCUCCCGCGCCGCCGCCUCCUCCGCCGCCGCACGCCCACCCCCCGCCCGCGAGCAGGCUCUCCUUUCCCCCCUCCCCGGCCUUCAGCGGCGCCGACGUGCCCCCUCCGCUGCCCCCCAAGUCUCCCCACUUGCUGUCACAGUUCCACAAGCCAAGCAACAUCCAGUCGCUGCCGCUGCCACCCACGCCCGGCCCGCCUCAGCCCGCAGCCGUGGUGGAGACCAGGAAGAAGAGACCCGGCCGAGGCGCAGGAACUGGUGCUGGGAAGCUGGUCACACCUCCACAGCCACCUGCAAGAUCCCCAACAACUGAACUUACAAGCAAGUCUGGAGUCUCAGCCUGGGCUACAGCUCAUGACCCCUACACACCACUUAAAAAUGGAAAUAUGCACAUUAUUGAUGACUUUGAAUCAAAAUUUACUUUCCAUUCUGUGGAAGAUUUCCCCCCACCUGAUGAAUUCAAACCAUUUCAGAAAACAUAUCCCAGCAAGAUACCCAGAGAUCCCUCUAAAAAUCCUCCAUUAAGAACACACGUGAGAUGAGAAGAGUCUUCUGAAGUUCUCUGGACUAGUAUUAAUAAAGAAGAUCAAGAUAAUAUAUUAAGACAGAAGGAGUCCCUCUUGCAGUGAUAGAUUGUACUUGAGUCACAAAUACUGCAAUAUUAACAUUUCUAUAAACUGUAAAACAAUAUAAAUGUACACCUUUUGAACUGGCCUACAUACUGCAGGAAUGUUAGUACAGGCUUUUAAAUUACUGUAUAUAGGUGAAUAUUUUUUAAGCAAAGCAGCAUAAAAUUUAAAUUCUUUGUAGUGUUGAAACACUUCUCAUUCUUACUGUGCUGAAAUGUUACCUCAGAAUGUUUUGUGCUACGUGCCUGUAGUUCUUUUUUCCCCUUCCAUCAUAAUUUUUGGAAAUUCUCCAGUUAUUAUAUAGACAUUUUUUCAAUGAACUGUCAAACUAAUAUGCUAUCUUUAGUCUGGUUUUAUGUUUCUUCACUUCUUCCAUUCUGCCUGGCCUCAGAUUGCAGCAGGAUGUCAUUUUCAUGAAGAGAUGGGCCCACAAUCCUUUUCUCAUGAAGCAUGAAGAGGAGAUCCAAGGAACUGUGGCUGCUAAUGAGUCUACCUCCUAAUGAUUACAUAUCCUUAUAGGAUAGUGUCUGAAGAAGCCCAGCUGGGUAGGGUGGUCAUGGACUUGACAGAGAUGACAGAGCCUUUCCAAAGUAGAGGAAAAGGAAGUUGCUCUAUUGUAAGCAAGAAAAAGAAAUGGUGUGUGUGAAUACACGUGCUGUGAUGAGCAUAUUUAAGGACACAUAUCCUGUCUUUUCCUACUGGCAAAUGGGUAUUUACCAUUUCUGUGAUAGAUUGCCUUUACCCAGCAAUUACAAAGCCUUUGGAUGAGGGGUCCAAAACCUACAUUUUAGAGCUACUGCUGUUUGCUAGCUGUUCAUUGUCCAAAACACACCACGUGGAACACUCAGCCCCCAAAGUGGUUGUUGUCUUAAAUAGAGUUGGUUGGGAAAAGUAACAACCUAGCAGCUGACAAGACUUGAACUACUGCUUUUAAUAUUCAGACCUUGGGUAAGGUCUGUGGAUCACAGAUGUUUAGAUCUGGUCCUAAGAUGAUUAUUUCUAGCAUUUAUUACCCUUAGUCUUGUGCAUUGGGAGGAGUGGUGCCAUGGAGGUGUGAGGGAAGUGAUUCCAGUAAAGCCACACUGCUGUGUGGCCACAUGUGCUGUGUCCAAAUUCUGGGCUCCCCAGUGCAAAGAAGACAUGGCCAUGCUGAAGAGAGUCCUACAAAAGGCCACAAAGGUGGUGAAGGGGCUGGAGCAUCUCUCCUGUGAGGAAAGGCUGAGAGAGCUGGGACUGAUCAGCCUAGAAAAGAGAAGGCUCAGAGGGGAUCUCUCCAAUGCAUACAAAUAUUUGAAGUGGGGGUAUAAAGAUGGAGCCAGACUCUUUUCAAUGGUGUCCAGUGACAGGAGCAGAGGAAUUGGGCAACUGCAACACAGGAGGUGCUGUCAGAACAUCAGGAAACACUUUUUGGCUGUGAGGGUGACUGAGCCUUGGAACAGGUUGCCCACAGACCUUGUAGAAUCUCACUCCUUAAAGAUACUCAAAAGUCAUCUGGACUUUGUCCUCAGCAACUGGCAGUAGGUGACCUUGCUCGGCCAGGGGUGUUGGACCAGAUGACCUGUAUCCAUCCCUUUCAAUCCCAACCACCUUUGAUUCCCCUUUUUACAGCUUUUCUGGGUUCCUAGAGCUGGGUUACAACAACCCAAGGCACCGCUGGGGGCAGAGUGGCUGGAAAUCUGCCUGCCGCUAAAGGACCUGGGUGUGCUGGCUGACAGUGGCUAAAUGUCCUGAACAGGGGCCAGUGUGUGCUCAGGUGGUCAAGAAGGCCAACAGCAUCCUGGCUUGAGGAGGUUCAGAGGAGACCUUAGCACUCUGUGUAACCCGAAAGGAUCCUGUACCAAUGUGGGGGUCAGUCACUUCUCUCAUGAAACAAUGCACCAGACAAGAGGAAAUGCCCUCAAGCUGUGCCAGGACAGGUUUAGAUUUGAUACUAGGAAAAGCAUCUUCACCAAAAAGGUGCUCAGGCAUUGGAACAGGCUCCUCAGGGAAGUGGUGAAGUCACCAUUUAAUACCUACAGGUAUGUAAAAGACUUGUAGAUACAGCACUCAGGUGAUGCCUCAGGUUUUAGCUUUUACAUUUUUCAGAUUCUGUACUGCUUUAGUGUGUAGUUCUGAGCUUCAUAUUUUGGAGAUAGCAAGCUCUCAUCAUAGAGUAGGUAGACAAAAGACCCUUGGCCCUGGGGACCAAGGACAAAUGAUCCAAAUUUCAGGCCCAAGAGUGUAAACAACAGUGGAAUGAAGAGAGAAAAACAAGAAGGAUGGGACUUCAUAAUCUAAAGCUAUAACUGGAUAAUUAACUCCAAUAUGCUAAUGGACCAGAUCUUAUGAGAGACCUCAUGACUGGUCAUCCAUUUUGUGACCAUUUUGGGUUCAUCUUGGGCUCUUGUACUGCCUAAGGUGUAUCCAUUGAGGCCUUAUCUAAUAAUACUUACGUUAUUCUUUAACUCCGUCUAGUCUCUGUUCUAGGUCAGCCUUCACAAGGUAUCACAGGGACAUGGUUUAGUGAUGGACUUGGCAGUGCUGGGUUAACAGCUGAAUUAGAUGAUCUCAAGAGUUGUUUUCCAGUAUAAAUGAUUCCAUGAUUCACCAGCCUGAAAAAGAAUACUGCUGUUCCAGGGUGAGUCUGGUUCUAACAGCCAGGCUAUUACAGUUAUGGCUUUAAUUUAUAUAAUUGCCAUCAAUUCCCCUCAGUUAGAGGUGUAAUAGUGUUAUAGAUCACUGAUGAUCUUUCCCCAUGGUGUUGCCUUUAAACAAAACUUUUUGGAAAAGACAGGUAACUGUAUCUUUACAUCCCUGCUUUUCUCUUUGUUGUUGCAGUAGUUCAGUUAUGCUGUAACUAUUCCCACAUACAUGUACAUUCAUGGUGUGAGGUGGUGUAGGGGUAAGAAGCUCUUCACCCACAGGACUCCAAGAAAGUAACAUUAGUCUUUUUCUAGCCUAUUAUGAUAACUUGCUGUACAUAAUGUGAAAAGAAAAAAAAGUGGUGAUGCUUUGACCAAUAGUGUCACUUACUGUAGUUACUUGAUAAAUAUGCAUGAAUGUAGUAACAAGCAGGGGUCUACACCUAUAUUGCUUCUCCAACAACUGGAAAAGUUAAAUACUGUUUUAAAAACUAUUUUGUUAUGGUAUUAUUAAAAGUGGCAUAUUGUUGGCUCUCAUUUAUUCUGAAAUUUGUGUACUGCUCUGUAGUAAGUACCUUCCUAAGGAUUUUAAAACUAAUUCUAGACUACCUGCUAGCAGAUAUAUAAAGGAGAAGAAAAUUUUACUCCAUUUCUUAUUAGGGUUUGGGUAUUUUAGAAAUAAACAACAUCUUUCAGGGAUGAAAUGAGAAAUCCUGUGCCUAUUUGCUAGCAUUUCUGAAAUGUUUUCAAAUAUUUGUCAUUCAAGAUCCAUUGAAGUGUCUGGAGAUACAGAGGAUCACACUAGCUGUCACCCUGAGGCAGCUGAUCCCACAAGCCCCACUGUGUCCUUCCACUGAGACACACCAUUGCCAACAUUAAGGCCAUGCAGUUGCUGUGGUUUCUGCUGACUGCCCCCAAACAUGUUGCUGUACCACAGCUGGUUUUGGUUUUUAAGUGCACUAUACAAUUGCAGCGAAAUCAACACUAUUAGAAAAUUACUACCUGGAUCACUGUGCUCAAAACAAUUUAUUCAUUCUGUCAUAUAAGCAGUUCCAAAUAAGGACAUAAACGCCCAUGAGAUAAUUGUAAGUGUUGCUUUCUUCUUUCUUAAGAAACAGGCAAAUAAGAUAUAUGAUGUUUUCAACAGGAACACUCACUUUCAUCUUGCCUUCCUCCCAGCUCUCAAAGAUUAGAGAUUCAAGUCAUGCAAAAUAGCUGUGAGAAGUGGUACAUCCUAAUUUCUGUCCUCUUCCUGGAGCAAUCAUUUUAUUCCUGUUCCCUGGUUGUGCAGAAAUACCCAGCUACUCCUAUCAGGAGAUGUGAUUUCAUGGGAAAUCCAUUUACUUCAGUUAUGGGCAGCUGGAAAAAGCACACUUCUCUUUCAAUGAGCUUCAUCCCCUGCAACGUUCUCUGAAAUCAAGUGUGCUUCUUGCAGUCAGCCCCUCCUCUGAUUACCAUACAAAGCAGCUAAAUUUCAGGAUCUACCUGAAUAUUUCCUUCUCUUGUCUACACUUUAAAAUACUUAGACACAGGAGUUGG